CCAACUAACUUAAUCAAACAAACAAACCACCAUGAAAACUUUCGGAAUCCUCAUCGUUAUUGGAGUACUCUUGGCUGGAAUUCCCAACUCCAUUGCCCAGAACUGCGGCUGUAGUCCGGACUUGUGUUGUAGUCAGUACGGUUUCUGUGGCCUGGGCGAAGAAUACUGUGGAACCGGCUGCCGGGGAGGUCCAUGCUUCUUGGCCCCUCCGACAAAUAAUGUUGAUGUUGGUAGCAUAGUGACAGAUGCAUUUUUUAGUGGGAUCGUGGAUCAAUCAGAUGCCGGUUGUGAUGGGAGAGGAUUUUAUACUCGUGCUGCCUUCCUUGAAGCCCUCGGACACUAUCCCGAAUUCGGUAGGGUUGGUUCUGAAGAAGAUUCAAGGAGGGAGAUUGCAGCUUUCUUCGCACAUGUUACCCACGAAACUGGACAUUUUUGCUAUAUUGAAGAAAUAAAUGGUUCUUCAGGCGAUUACUGUGAGGAAGAGAAUACUGAAUAUCCAUGUAACCCUGACAAGGAUUACUAUGGUAGAGGUCCAAUCCAAUUGUCAUGGAAUUUUAACUAUGGACCAGCGGGGAUCAGCAUUGGGUUUGAUGGGCUCAACAAUCCCGAAAUUGUGGCUACAGAUCCAGUCAUCUCUUUUCGAACUGCCUUAUGGUAUUGGAUGAAUAAUGUUCGCCCCGUCAUUGGUCAAGGGUUUGGUGCUACUAUUCGAGCUAUCAAUGGACCACUGGAAUGUGAUGGUGGCAAUCCCGCCACUGUAAGCUCUCGUGUCCAGUACUACACACAAUACUGUAACCAGCUUGAAGUUGCGACGGGGGAUAACCUUCGGUGUUAGGCUAUUUUCAAAUAUGCGAUUCUAUCGGGUUUAUAUUCAUAUUCAUAUUCAUAUCUUUACCUCAUCUAAAUUUGUAAUCUAUAUGUCUAUGGUAUAUAUAUUAUGUAUGUAUGUACUAAGCAGCCAUUGACUUUAAAUGAAAAUUCAUGUGUUAUUUCUAA